AUGAAGCUGACGUCUCCUGACAAAGGUUGGUCCUGGAUGGUCCUACUUGCCGCAUUUGGAGUUAUGGUUGUACAAGGAAUCUUUAUAGGAACUCUCGGCAUUAUCCAUUUAUCUUUAUUAGACAGAUUUCAUGAUACAAACUUGAAGACGGCGCUUGCUGGGUCUAUAUUUGCUUGCAUGAACACUGCCGGGGGUAUAGUAACCAGUUUGAUGGUGGACAAAUACAGUUGUCGUGUUGUCACGAUUUUUGGAUCACUCCUCUUUACGUGUGGACUCGUCGUAUGUGCGUUACCCGUAUCUCUAAAUCUUGUCAUAUUCUUCUACGGAAUUUUGGCAGGUAUAGGAUCCAGUAUGACGAAUACAGCAGCAUAUUUUGUUGUGGGAUAUAAUUUUAAAUUACGUCAGAACGUGGCCAGCGGCAUAGCGACCUCUGGCAUUGCUUUGGGUGGUCUUUUUAUACCGACGGCGAUUGAGAUGAUAAGGGAGUUUUAUGGCAAUCGGGCAUUUUUUACAACUCUAGGAGGUAUAGCUCUACAGCCAGUCUUUCUAGGGUGUAUGUAUUUUCCUUCUUACCUGGAGGAGUCUAGGAAAUAUAAAUCACCUCCACUCGACAAUAAACAUCGGUCUUCACUAAAUAGUGGGAGUAACUGGCUGACUAUAAUCAAGAACCCAGGAUUUAUAUGUUUUGCCUGUUGCCUCUGUUUAACCCAACUCGGUGUCUUUGUUAUGUAUCUGCAUUUUCCAAACUACGUCACGACGAUGGGAUUUUCCGUCCUGGAGGCAUCCUACCUCCUGAAUGUCCGUGGUAUAUGUGCAUUUGUUUCCAGACUUUUGAUCUCUUUACUAGUAAACACUAGUAAUCAUAGUGUGCGAGAGACUACACUUGUAUUCGGGAUGUUCACAUUUCUAGCGCUAGCCAGUAUGUUACUCUCUGUGUAUGGGACAUCAUUCGGAGGACUUCUAAUUUAUUGCAUAUUUCUUGGGUUCUACGGCGAUUCUGUCUUCUCUAUUCUGAAUAUCAUUAACAUGAAGCUAGUUGGACGACAGCAAUUUGCUGCUGCCACGGGUAUUGAGUUCGCCGCUAUGGGAAUCUGCAUAUUUGUAGGUCCAUCGAUUGUAGGAAACGUGAUAGACGAAGGCGGAACCUAUGAUAUCUGUUUCGUCAUUACAGGUACAUUGAUAAUGCUGGGAGGAGUUUUAAGUUUAAUCUCAGGUGUAUUUACGACAGAAACCGUGGAUGAUUUACAACCUAAAAAUACAAAUACUGAGAUGGUUUUACACACCAACGAAGUCUCAGAGAGGUUCUCUACAGACUGUGUUGAGUAUAGGGACACGCAGGAGUGUGUGACAUUGACUCCAGACAGUAAUCUAUUGGGGUAGUGUUUAUUAUAUUAAAAUGAUAUGAUGUAUAAUGUUCUCAUCCCUUGUAAAUAGCUAGGUUUUGUUAUAAAAAUGUACCACACCUAAACCUCCCUAACUGACCACAUA